GGCGUAGAGGGCGGGGGAGGCAUUUUAACACGGCAUUUUGCCACAUUUGCUCUGAGUAAAUCUUAUCAAAUAACUUGUCGCAACACGGUCCAGCGAGUUCGAAAAGCGUAUUAUCUACGAAGGUGAAAUACCUGUUUUCGAAAGGAAAAGAAUCAGUCAUCUACGUAAGGCAUCAUGACUGACAGGAAGGCAGUAAUCAAGAAUGCUGACAUGUCGGAGGAUAUGCAGCAGGAUGCAGUGGACUGUGCUACCCAAGCCAUGGAGAAGUACAAUAUAGAGAAGGACAUUGCUGCUUACAUCAAGAAGGAAUUUGACAAAAAGUAUAACCCUACAUGGCACUGUAUUGUUGGGAGGAACUUCGGCAGCUACGUGACCCAUGAGACAAAGCAUUUCAUCUACUUCUACUUGGGGCAGGUGGCCAUCCUGCUCUUCAAGUCUGGCUGAGUUGUGCCUCCCCUCCUAUCCUGGACUGUAAUGCACUGGUGGUGGAUGUCACAACUUCCCACACACUUCAGAUAUUCAAAUGAAAACAUAACAUGAUACACAAUUGGCUGUGCGCAACUGCAUGGACUAAGAUGUACCAUAUUUAAUGUGUAUAUGUUACCGUAAAUAAUUACUUUUCACUAGUUGGCAGAACAUGCAACUGCAAGAUAUUUUUGUUAAUGCUGUUCUAAGUUUUGUUAAACAUAAGUAAAAAACAAAAAAAAAAUAAUGCUUUAACAGUGGCCUUUGAUUGUAUAAUAAAGGAAAGCUAGAGAAUGUUGUGUCUGCUUUCCCCCAGAAAGCUGUGUUGUUUUUCAGUGACUCCUGUUCUACCAUUUGACUGUUCUGUUCCUCCUGACUUUAAAGUAGGCUACUACAGUAGUUUGUACUGCCUUGUAUAUUGCCAGGUACAUGUGAGACUAGCGGUGUGUUUUGACGUUAUUCAUCCCAUUUUCCCAGACGAUUUAGAGCUGUGACGUUUCAUCUGGCACACUUGGGGUAUUCUGCUUUAUUCCUUCCAGUUGCUAUUUUUAGUACACGCUAGUAGAGGUGCUAUGGUAAUGUUAGGGUGUUUUAGAUUUUGUGACAUGCUUGGGGGUUCCAUUUAGAGAGGAAAGAGGGUUGUCUGCAUUUACUUUAACUUAAUAUUUAACUUGUCUCCUAAAACAUUGGCAUUCGGGUUCUGUCAAUGUUCACUUUCAUCUUUAGAGGGGAUUAUUUAUUAUAUAUUAGACUGCAAGCAAUGUCUUCCUGGUCAAUCUUAAUUGGAGUGCAUUUUCUUGCAUGUUAUUGGUUGUUUUCAUUUGUAGUGAAUUGCUGUAUUAGCAUAUUUCACACCUUGUUAUGAGUUCAGGGGCAUGUGAGUACAAUUGUACUUCAUUACAGGUGUCCAGUAAACUUAGAAUCUUUCAUUUCCACUAAUUAAAAUGUAUAAUCCAAGUCAA